CGUGACCACAUCUUACCUUCAACUUGACCUAAAUAUUAACGCGCGAAAGUUUACAAACUGAAAGAUGGAAGUUACAAGGCAAAGGAGACUGAAGGCACCCAAGCUUAGUGGUGAUCGAGAUAAGAGUCGUUUCACACACAAUCUGCUGUUUUACACGCUGCCUCCGAAAGAUGUGAUUUCUUUGCAGGAAUUUGAGGACUAUGCCGUGGAAAGACUAAAACUGCUGAAAGCUGUAGAAAAUGCAGGAGCGAAGCACCUCAAAGGAUCAGAUGAAUACAACAAUUCAGUGAGGGAUGAACUUAAAAAGUUCAUCAAUCACAGUAGCAAACCAAAGAAUGGAAGCAUCUAUGACAUGAGUGAUAAGGAGUAUGAUGAUAUAAGAAAGGACCUCAUCUCCCACUUUGUGCUCAGGCUGGCUUACUGCAAGUCAGAUGAAUUGCGCAGGUGGUAUAUUCAGCAAGAGACGGACCUGUUUAGAUACAGGUUCUCAGUGGAAAGUAAAGAGAGCAUUCAGAUGUUUUUAAAGGAAAACAAGCUGAAUUAUUCUCCAAUUCCAUUUGAGGAAAAGCAGGGCAUACUUAAAAAGCUUGCAGAUUCACACAAAGAUAUGACCAUCUCUUUAGCAGAGGCCACAGACUUUUAUAGGGUGCCGUUCACAGAAGCCCUAGACCUGGUCAAAGCAAGGAAGGUCUAUGUCCACAGGGGAUAUGUGUAUGUCCCCUACAAUGAGCUAGUUUCUAUAAUUCUCGGUGUUUUCAGAACACAUUUGUCCCAUGCUUUAGCAGUAAUAUGUAGGGCACUACCUCACAUGGAGGAACAAGACAGGUUGCUGCCUAUGUUGAGUGGCCUCAGUAAGAGAUACCUGGGACAAGACUACUCCAACAGGAAACCUACAGGAGGACAGGUUACAGCAGCCAUGAUUGAUAUGCUCUCCAAGAAGUCCUUCCCUCUGUGUAUGUUACAACUUCAUGAUGGUCUGCGUCGAGAUCACCAUUUACGCCAUUGGGGGCGUAUGCAGUAUGGCCUGUUCCUAAAGGCUAUAGGUCUCUCACUGGAGGAGGCCCUCAAGUUCUGGAAGGAUGAGUUUACUAAGGGACCCAUUGAUCCUGAUAAGUUUGAUAAACAAUAUGCUUACAACAUUCGCCACAACUAUGGUAAAGAGGGCAAGCGGGCAGACUACACUCCAUAUAACUGUCUGAAGAUUAUCACCUCUAAUGCCCCAGGUCCUGGGGAUGGACAUGGUUGCCCCUUCCGUCACAGUGAUACAGAUAUGCUACGGCAAAAACUUUCCAAUUUGAAAAUUGGCAAAGAGAAUUCAGAAGCAGUGAUUAGCAAGGUGAAAGAAGGACAUUACCAGAUUGCUUGUAAAAUGGUUUUUAACCUCACACACGGAAUACAAGAAGAGGAGGCAAGUUUUGCACUCCAGCACCCCAACCAGUACUUUGAGGAAAGUCAAAGGUUAAUUAAUGGAGGAAAGGAGGAUGGAAAGUCAUCUCAGGGUAGCUUUACCCCUGUGACUCCUCACAGCACCCCCAGGACUUCUCAGAAUUCUCAGAAAUCCAGUCAACCAAUACCCAUGAAGAUGGAAGAUGUGAAUGACGAGGACAUUUUGCAAGCACUGGAGAAUGCACAAAACUGAAUUUUCAGUCUUAUAAAAACAACGCCAGCGACAUUGGUUUUUCAGCAAGCGCACCAUCUUGAAUAAUAACAGAAGUACUAGACUGACAUCAUACUUAAAUUAACUCUUUCAUAUUAAAUCUUUGUUACACUUGAAUGGUUGCAUAGUGUGAAAUUGAUAAAACAUCGAUUUUAGGAAAGUUUUAUUGCUUGUAUUUGUUACCAAAUUGUAUCUAUGCUUGAUUGCAAGAAGAACAUGAUUUUAAAAGGAGCCACGUUGUAAACUGGCAAUUACACUACAGAUUUGUAGGUUUGUUUUUUGUUGUACAUUUGAUAUAUUUCAGUGUCUAGGACAGACCAAUAAUUAAUAUUUAUUGAGAAUAACAAGGAUCAUCUUUAAUAGAAGUAUUCUUAUAAUGAUGAUUACAUACAAAAUCAAGAAAUAAAUAUUCAUGCUCAAUGGAGACUAUAGAUUGCUUUCUUCAUAGCAUUAUGUAACCCCGAUUCAGCUGCUCUAUGAUACGAAUUGUGGCCAUAUAAUCAGAAUGAUAGCAGACCUGGCACACAACGUGCCUCCUUCCCUUUACUUGAAGUGGGUCACUGUUGCAUAUACUUUCCAUUAAUUCACGUGCCAUCACACACUCUUUCUGUUUACUGGUUGGAAGUGAUAUGCAGGCCUUGCAGCUUUUCCUUUAUCUUUAAGUUUUUGUUUGGCAUUACCUUCAAAAUGACACUGCGGUAUUGGACAAAAACCAUAGCAAGCCAUAUGUCAAUGUAUGCAACUGUGGUGUGAGAUUCAAAUACCCAGUAUAAGCACAU